AUGGAUGUUUUUAAGGUGGAUGUUAUAGAAGAUAGUAAAGAUGAAUUGUGCUCAGAAGAUGAUGAAUACAAAGAAGACUAUGAAGAUAAAGAAGGCUACGAGGAUGAAAUAGAAGAAAUGGAUUAUGAAAGAACUGAAGAAGUAGAAGAACAGUGGAAUACAUGGGAAAUAGAUGAAAGUGAAGUGGGCCAUAGUGAUAUUGCUUGGCAAUGGUGGAAAUAUGAGAAUGAAAGAGGUGCUGAAAUAGCACUCUCUCAAGAUGAGGAAACGUUAGAUGAUGAAGAGUCCCAAGUAGAAGUUGUAAUAAACAGUGGAAUCACAAGUCUAACCACCCCGGAGAGAAAAAACUCGACCGAAGAAUAG